AUGUUAAAAUAGAUUAUUUUACUCUUAUUUAUUACGUCCAUUCUUACAAUUGACUGCGAUUAUUGUAAAGCUGAAUUAUUAGAUAGUCUAAGGGUCAAAACGGAUAGUGUAAUUGUUAAAUGUUUAGAUUCUGAUUUCUCUAAGAAUCCUAUUGGAACCAUAUUUGGGAAUUGUCUUUCUAUCUAAGGAGUUGAUCCCUCAAAAAUCAAGCAACUAGUAUCCUGUAUAACCUCUAAUUGCUGGGAUCAAUGGAUUAAUCAAAAAAAUGAAUAGUUUUUAUUCUGA